AUGUAUGGACUAAACCAGCGUUGUUUCUACCUCUCUUUCCAUUUCUUCGUGGUGUGGUGUCAUGCACAGGGGGAGAAUCACCCUUCUCCUAAUUUUAACCAGUAUGUGAGGGAGCAGGGAACACUGACGGACCAGUUGAGCCGGCGACAGGUCCGAGUCUACCAGCUGUACAGUCGAACCAGUGGCCGCCACGUCCAGAUCCAAGGCAAGAGAGUGACCGCGACGGCCGAAGACGGCAACUCCUUCGCCAGGCUAUAUGUGGAGACAGACACUUUCGGCAGCCGUGUUCGGAUCAAAGGAGCAGAGAGCGGACGGUACCUGUGCAUGAACCGCAGAGGAAAACUAGUCGGAAAGCCCAGCGGCAGAGGGAGAGACUGCAUCUUCACAGAGAUCGUUCUAGAAAACAACUACACCGCCUUCCAGAAUGCCAAACAUGAGGGCUGGUACGUGGCUUUCACCAGAAAGGGCAGACCAAUCACAGCUUCCAAAACCAGGGAGAACCAGAGAGAGGUUCACUUCAUUAAACGUCUUCACAAAGGUCCCCUUCCCUUCCCAAACACGGAUCGACCCAAACACUUUGACUUCAUCAGCUUUCCUCCAAUGAGAAGAGCCAGACGGAACAGGAAAUCUCCGACCGUGUCCUAA